GAAUAUACAUUUCCUAUUUUCAAUUCUGCCUUUGGUCUUUUGUUUUUAUUUGUUUGCUGCUUUCCGGGAAAGAAUCCCAACCUUUCUCCGCUAAAAAAGCUUCCCUGUCAUUUUCUCUAUUUUAUUCCCCUUUGAAGUCACAGAUCUUCAUCCCUUCAAAGUCACACAUUUCCAUCUGGUUGCACUGAGCCAUGGUCAACGGUGGAUGAUUUUUCGAAAGGUUCAAUUGGGUUUGACAGUGGUGGUUCACUUCACUUCAGAACUUCGGAAUCGGAAAGUUCCGAUUUUUUAUGGAAUUUUUCGGAGUCGAAAGUGUUUAUUGAAUUCCAAAAGAUUUUAGACGGAAAUUGGAAUGGCUAUUUCCGAUCUGAUCCGGCUGAAUAACAUGCCUAACUAUGGCAUCUUCUUCUCAUUGUUUUCAGUUUGGGAGGGAUGGAAAUCAGAUAAUUAAAGAAAGAAAGCAGAGGAUCCUUGGAAAGUUGCUUUCUUUUUCUAUAACCAAACAGAGGUAUUUAUGUCUCAAAGAAAAGCACUUGCUUAUUAGCUGUGGAAAUUGAGAGAGCAACAACUGGUUUCCUGGUUUGCAAAUACUCGUCGUGGAGAUCAGUCUUCUUCUGAGCCAUCUUUAACACCUAGUAGUAAUCUUUACAGGCCCUGCUUGAGUUUCAGGGAUGAACUAUAAUGUCUAUGACGAGCCCAUAAAGGCUAUUUCAGAAUCAGCAGAGUGGAUAUUUUUAGCCAUUAACCUUGGCCUAGAGAUGUUGUCAGCUGCUUUUGAUCAGGCUUCCUCCCCAAGAAAACCCCACUACGCACUAUUUGGGAUGCUGUUGGCUAUUGCAGCUGUGCUCAUUUCCAUCUGGGAGCUAAUUUACAAAGGUAAAAAGGAAAGAGUUGUGUUGAGGAGAUGGGGAAUGCUCUGGUGGUUUUAUCAUCCACCUCCUCGUAAUACGCUUUAUGGUACUCUUCCUGACAUUUAUGGACUAGUUGCUGGCAUCUCACAGUGCAUUUGCUCUAUAGCUCAGUAUGUUUACUACCUUCGGCAUGUUGAUAAUCCUUUCAAAGCAUCCCUUUUGCCUGCCAUAUUUCUUCUGUGUUUAGGUGGUUCAAAACUAAGUAAUAACCGAAUGAACGCCAAUACCACUGAUAACAAGGACUCCAGGGAAAAUUCUUCAAGCACGGAAGAAACUUCGUUGCAUGCAAUCGCGGCGAAUAUACCAUCUCUUGAUGAUCAGGAGGUAGAGGUCAAGGGCAACAUAGUUGAUCACCAGCGAGGGGCGACGGUGGCUGGCCGGGAGUUGUUGGCCGACGAUGGGUACGUCGGUGGUGGAUGGGAUCAGGCGAUGGUUAGGCGGGUGCUGCAAUGGCAUGAGUGGGAGCAGGAGCGAGAGUGGGAGUGGGAACAGGAGCGGGAGUUGGAGCGGGAGCGGCUGUGGCAGGAGCGGGAGUGGGAGUGGGAGCGGGAACGGGAGCGGGAGCGGGAGAGGGAGCUAGAGCUGGAGCGGGAGCGGCUAUGGUGGGAGCGGGAGCGAUUGCGGCUAUGCCAAGAGUCGGAGCAGGAGCGGCUGCGGCGGGAGCGAUUGCGGCUCCGACUACGACAGGAGCGGGAACGGCUGUGGCAGGAGCAAGAGCGGUUGUGGAAGGAGGAACAGGAGCAGGAGCGGCUGCGGUAGGAGAAGCAGCAGCGGCCAUGGGCAGUGGCGCGCUUGAAGGUUGGUGGACAUGUGGUGGACAUGUGGUGGACAUGUGGCAUGACUUCGAAGUAGUGGCAUGGUGGACAUGCAGGAGCGGAAGCGGGAAUAGCUAUGGCAAGACUUGGAGCGGUUGUGGUAGGAGGAGCAAGAGCAGCAGCAAUGGCCACGAGUAGUGGCGCGCUUGAAGGCUGGUGGACAUGUGACAUUACUUCGAAGUAAUGGCAUUGUGUGUAAUUUUAAUAUUUUUUAAUUACAUUAUUGUAAAAUUACGUACUAUUUUUUGGUGUUUGACCUUAUGCUAAAUAGGUCAAAUUGUAUUUCCAUCUUCCAAAUUAUAGUGUCUUAAAAUGAAAGUUUCCUAUUAUUAAUUGAAUC